UUGUCAAAAGGUGCAAAAAAUGAUCAUGAAAACUGAAAAGAAUUUAUCUUAUCUCACUUGUUGGACCUCUAAAAUGUCAGGUCUUUCUAUGAUGAAUAAAAAUGAAAAGAAUAAAACUUUGGAUCCUUUAUAAAUCACCUUCACUUUCCUUUUUCUUUUCAUUUUCACAAGACAACAGUCCCACCUGAUUCUUUUUUACCUGCAGCUUUAGUUUCUUUCAAUCAGUCACACGCUGUCAACUGUUGAACAAUGUGCAUAUUUUUUCAAGCACAAAUUCUAUUUUUACCCUGACUAUGAAUACCCUUUUGGAAUCUUGGCGUAGAUACGUUCUUUUCUUGCUCUGAUGAGUGUUAUUGCCUAAAAAGGUAGAAACUAGGUAUUUGAAGCAUUCCUAGUUUUGCCUUGAACAUGAAAUCAAAAUUAAAGAAUGGCUUGUGUUCUGUGGUGCCUCUUCAUUUACAAGGUGAAUCUACAACACGUUUUUGCAUGUUUCCUAAAGUGAAGUCAGCUUGCUGCAGUCCAGGCAACACACCUGUUUACCUGAAUGUAUAUGACUUGACACCUGUUAAUGGCUAUUUCUACUGGGCAGGCAUAGGCGUCUUCCAUACAGGGGUGGAAGUUCAUGGUGUUGAAUAUGCUUUUGGAGCACAUGACUAUCCAACAAGUGGAGUCUUUGAGCUUGAACCUCGACAGUGCCCUGGCUUUAAAUUUCGAAAGUCGGUGUUCAUGGGGACAACAUAUUUGGAUCCCAUCCAGCUUAGACAAUUCAUUGAGCGCCAAUCAGCAAACUACAAUGGUGACUCAUACCAUUUAAUUGCUAAGAACUGUAAUCAUUUCUCGGAAGAUAUCUGUUACAGGUUGACUGGGAAACGGAUACCUAAAUGGGUGAAUCGGCUAGCAAGAGUAGGUUCAUUUUGCAACUGCAUACUUCCAGAAGCCCUAAAAGCUUCCACAGUACAACAUGGCACAAAUGUGCAAAACUAUGACAGUGAGAAGAGAAGACUAAGAAGUUCUUUCAACUGUUUGUCUUCUAUCUCAAUGCGUCAAGGUGAGAAAGAAGUAUCAAUAUCAUCGCUGUUCAUGCACUCCCACUAUAAAGGCUGUCUGCCACCUUGGGAAUCCAAAAAAUCUAGAAGCCGGUCUUUGAAGGAAGGAUAAGGUCUCCGUAAAUCUCUAUAUGGAAAUCUGUGUGAAUACUGACUUCUUUGUCAGAUAACCAUUGUUACAUCUAGCCAUUCCGCGAGCUUGUUGAAAUAUUUUCCGGGCUCUCAUCUGACUAAUGAACAGUGCUUGCUGCUGAGAUUCUGGUGUUACAAGUUCUGCUGUCCAUUUCAUAUGCUGAUCUUUCCAAAGAUCAAAUCUUUGCAUCAGUCCCAGAAAUGUAUUUGUCUGUUAAUUGUCAGUUUCUUGUUUGAUACUUAAAACUGAGAGGUUCUUGUUUCUCAGGUGGUAGAAAUUUAAUUUUCAGGAUCAUGAGCAAUUUGCUAAAGAUAUUCUUAUUCUUGUAUUA